AGUAAAACGCCGAACGCCCUCAGUGACCCACCAUUUUCGCUUCUUCUGUUUCUACGUCUUCUUUCCGUACUGCGGCUUCGUUCUCUUGAUAUAAUUCGUGAAGUUGUCAUGAUGGAGGGCGGCAACAGUCUUCAGAGAUUGGAAGGUCGUCUUCAGGAGUUGGAAGGGCGUGUUUAUGGAGAAAGGGGAGCCCGAAAGAGCAAGUCUGUGAAGAUUGCCGACUCAGUAGCGAGGAUCCAGACCGCCCUCGGCAACACGGCCAACAAGAGGGAGCGCGUCAAAAUUUUGCACAAAAAAAUUGAGGACCUCGUGAAAUACCUGGAUCCUCAAUUCACUGACCACAUUGCUCUCCCUGACUCUGUAAAGCUAGAGUUCAUUUUAGCUGAUGAGGACUUCCUGUUGUCCCAGGCAGCUCUGCUGGAACAGGUCAGCACUCUGCAGCCCCUCCUUGACAGCAGCCACAUCAAAGCUGUUCCAGAGCAUGCAACCAAACUGCAGCGGCUCUCCCAGAUCCACAUCAGACAGCAGGACCAGACUCAGGCUGUAUCAGAGGAGGUCAGGAAGCAAUUUGAAGAUUACAACAAGAUGAUGUUCCUGCUCUCCAAGCAGUUUUCCCAGUGGGAUGAGACCCUGCGACAGCUGGAGGGAGCCACACAGGUGAAGCCUGUGGACUGAAUCAUGGCCUCAACGUUCCAGACAAGUCACGGAAGAUCCACACGCAUUCGUGGUCUUCAUCCUCUUAGCAAGUUGGCAUAACUGUAGAGACCCUGAAUUCCAGCUCCCUGUAACUGUUAUGACUUUGGACAAGUAAAAGACACAGGGAUGGAGCAAACGGCCAUGUCGUUCCACUCUUGUGUACAUUAAUGGCUUCCACUUCUCAAUACAGACUGUCAUGGAAGUCUUAAGUAUGCAAAUAUGCACGUAUUCAGUUCAUUCAGUUGUUUCAUAUUUGCACUUUGAACAAACAUAAGGGUUGAGGGUUUCCUGUUAUCGCUGCAGUAGACUUUUAAUAAGUUAAAGUUGUAAUGUUUUCUCCUUACAAAAUGAUUUCAGAAUUCUCACAGGUUUAGGCACAUACUGUAACUACUGUCUUUUAAUGCAUUUGAAGCUGUUCUAUAUUUAGACCAAAACACUUAACUGUUUUAGAAUAAGCUUUGUUGUUGACUUAUGUAGGUGUGACAUGACCUUGAAAGUACAGUAUUUGAAGUUGGGAAGUAUAACAGAUAUUGGUUAUGUUGCACUUUGCUCUUUUGUUCAGAAUACUUAAUAUUAAAACCCUUCAACAAUGGCUUUAGUGUAGUCCUCUUAAUCCAUCUGCUGUUUCGUGAUCCUCUGUGAGACAAAUAAGCAUCCGAAGAGCUUUAGUGUAAGACAUUUCAUCAGAUGCAUUUGCAGUUUCUCACGCUUGUUUUGUGUGUG